AUGUCGCGCACAGUCUCCAGGACGGGCUCAGGCUCGAGCUCGGCGAGCUUUACACAGUACACUCUCACCGACCUCUUCUGUUCGCCCAAGUCCGGCAAGCCACCGAAGCGCCCUGCCGAUGCGGAGGUUGAGACGCCCAGGAAACGGCUGCGGAUACUGAGGCAGCGGAAUGGUAGUGAACGUGGAGACGCGAUGGACAUUGACAUGGACGCUGGCGUGGAGAAAAUGAUGGCAAUGAUAGACAAUGGAGACGAGGACAGCGACGAGGAGCCCGUACAUUGUGCCGCUGUGCGCCGUCCAACGGUUGACCAUCUCAUGCGUGCAAGUGCCUCGUUACGGCCUGGACGGUUCUCUCAGAGAUUUAUCCCCUCUACUCGCCCGCUGCUCGCCUCGCUCGCCUCAUCUGACACCACCGACCGAUAUCUCUGCCCGUCAACCACACCCGACGUUUUCACUACUCCUCCAUAUGCUUGCGUCUACUCCCAUACUGCGAAACGAGGCGGAGACCAGCGCCUUGCCGUCUCGACCGAGCAGGGCGUCGUUUACGUCUGGAACACCUCGUCCGACUGCCACGCCGGCGCCCAACGUCUCGACCUACCGGCACAUGGCAACGGAAUAUUUGACGUCCGGUGGUCGCUCGACGACACGAGAUUAGCGACAGCAAGCGCGGAUCAUACUUCUCGUAUCAUCGAUGUACGCACAGGCGCCAUACUCUCCGAACUGCACUCGGGACAUACAGCAACUGUGAAGACAUUGACAUGGGAUCCCUCUCACGACUCGCUUCUCGCAACUGGCGGUCGAGACGGUGUAGUAUGUCUCUGGGAUCUCCGUACGGCCUCCGAAGUUGGACCUGCUGCACGCAUUGCGCACGCACACGAGGAGCUACUCGGAACGGGUCAGCGCCGGAGCAAGAAGAAAGGCUCGACGCGCGCUGUCACCGGUUUACUCUUCUCUUCGCAUGCACCGCACUCCCUCAUAAGUGCCGGGCCCGCCAAUGGACUAUUGCGACUAUGGGAUCUACGCACUUGCAGCGGUACCAAGAAACGCUCGGACCGCGAAUCGAGUACGCCCGCGCGCAUGUCACCAGAAGAUCCCACUGCUCGCGGAUCGGCGCUAGGUCGAGGCCGUGGUCUCACGAGCUUAACAUCGGGUCCAAGCAACUUGCUGUUUGCACUAGGGUGCGACUCUCGCGUGCACGCGUACGAGCCCGGUACACUUGCUCCCCUCCGUGCAGAACUGGGCCACGAGAAACUCAGCACGAACAGCUUCUAUGCCCCGCUCGGUCUUAGCGAGUGCGGGCGCUGGGCCGCGGCCGGUGGCGCGGAUGGUUCAGUUGUCGUAUUUGAUGUUGACAAUGUGGGACGACCUGGAAGGAGUGUUGACGAUCGCGGGGUAUUGUUGAACGGACAUGGAGAGGCGGAAAUAACAGGCGUCAGCUGGGCACAGGAUGUGCUUGCUACAUGUGCAGAUGAUGGUACUGUGCGGGUUUGGCGCGAUUGUACGGAGCGGCGCUCAGUCAAUGGCGGUAUCGGUAGUGCUGAUCUUGUAUGGGCCAUUGUAUAG